UAGACAGAGAUAUGAACAAGAACUCACCUGCCUCCAAAUCCAAAAGAAAAAAACUGCUUGUUGUGACACGGCAGGACUAGUUUCUACCUCUAUCUCUAUAUAGGUUUGCUUGAGAUCCAAGUCACAGUGUAGAACAGAAUAUGCAUAGCCCACGACAAGAUCAAUACAUAUUCGCCGGCCGUAUUCAUCUUCUCGUACAGAAGCUCCAGGGAGUAGCCGAGCUUGCGGCGAUGGCUGCAGGAGCCUACCAUAGCUCGUCAGCUAAUUCGACGAUCAUGGACCUUUUCUACGCCCUCCUUCUCACCAUAGUCAUCUUAGGCACCGCCCUGGCCCUCUUCUUGCCGGCUGCCAACUAUGACCCGAAGCCCCGGCUGUUCAUCCGACUGGUCGAGGUCCAGGGGCUGGACCCGUGCAUCCCGGAGACCGAGGUGCGUUCCCCGACCUUCGAGCUGGCCGUGGACGUCGGCCGGGUGUCGGAAAGCAGGCGGGGGCCCUGCGCCGGAGGUGGCGACGCGAUGCUGCGGGUCUCGUACCGCGGGAAGAUCCUGGCGUGGGGCGGCGUUCCGCGGUUCUGCGUCGACGGCAGGUGCCUGCAGGGGCCGAGCGCCAGCGUGGCGACCGUGGUGGCCACGGCGGAGGGGCUUGUGUUGCAGCAGGAGCUGCGGAACAAGAUAUGCGCCGAAACCUAUGCUCUCGGGAGGGCCGAGUUCGACGUGGAAGGGAGCGUUCCUGGACUGGGCCACCUCCGCUGCAAGACGUACCUGUUCCAAGGCGACCAGACGGAUGCGCUGCCUCCGUGCUCCUUUCACAAAGACCCCGAGGAGGGCACGUGGUGAAGGUUAUUUUUAGGUAAACGUUUGGAGCCGGCAGUCCGGCCGUCUCGCGCGAGACGCGUAUACAUGGUAGGGCCCACGCACGAAACAACUCACCGCUGGCCACACAAACCUUAUCCCCACCUCGUGAGUAUCUAAUCCAGUUCAUCCCCGCCACCGUUCCCUCUCUGAGUCCAAAAUACCAGCGCCAGCGACUGCACUUUUGAGGACGCCAGAGCUGAUGCAAGCGGGAGCUGCGUCCAUGGAUGUGAAACUGCAUCCUCUUCUCCCCCGACGGCUGGAGCGGCGAGCGGCAACCAUGGAUGGCAGGAGCUGCAACCCGCUUUCGUGGGAGCUACAACCGGCGUCCAUGGGAGCUGCAGCCGAAACGCGAGCUGCAACCAUGGAUGGCGGGGAGUUGCAAUCGGGCCUCCGGGGGAGCUGCAUGCGGUGAACGGCUCGACGGCGAUUAGCGGCGGGUGGGGGUGGCUGGCAAGCACGGGCGGCACGGGGUUGACCGGCGAGCACGGGGGCGAGCACAGGCGGCCGGCGAGUCAGGCGCGAGCGCAGGCGGCUCGGGUGUGGCCGGCAAGCACGGGCGAAGAGAGCAUGGAAGGUCCGAUCCAACAGCUGUAUAUACGCGAAUCGGACGGCUGCGCGCUGACCGGCCCAAAUUUGGGCCGGUGCGCCGGCGCCUAUCGAUGCCUUAUUUUUAGCGUCUUCUUUUCCUGUAUUUAAGGAUCUUAUAUACUUUAUUAUUUAUGUAUAUACUUUGUAAUGCCAUAUAUAUAUAUAUGAGUUAAAAG